AUUGCGCAUGUCCUUCACAAUGGUUUGUAGUUGACAUAAAGAAAAUACAUCAAAAAAACAUUGUUUUGUUUUUAUGCUAAAAUUAAACUCCAAAAAAUUACAAUCAAUAUGAUUCUAACAUGAAUACAAAUAAGAAUAUCAAAAUAGACUUGGUACCAAUAAUUGAAAAUAAUCAUAACGAUAAACCAAAACGUUUAGUGAAGUUUGUUGAACAAUAUGUAAAACGAGUAAGAGGUUUUAGUUCUCAGUAUGGAAGUAAUAUUAGUAUUUCUUAUACUGCAUAUAAUCUUGUUGGAAGUCCUUCCAAAUUCCCAAAUUAUGGAGACUUUCCGCAGGCUUUUGUUAUGAGAACGUAUGGAAAUUGGUGGGAUCAUGCACCAUCACGAUCAACGGAUUACAUGUAUCAAAAUAACGAACUCAUUGACAGUCACGAUUAUGUUGAUAUUGAAUAUUACACAGAAGUUUAUCCUAUUAGAGUAUCGAUUUAUGAAACAUAUAAUCCGGGUAGUGUAAUCAAAAUAUGGGCAAGAGAUUCUUCUGGUCAUUGGUUACAACUAUGGUCUGGAUUUCCACAAAAAAUAUCUCAUAAGCCACGGAUAUUUUCACCACCAUUAAAUUCAUGCAAAUUUAAAACUAAAAUUUUACGAAUAGAAUUUAAUCACAGUUUAUUGGAUUAUUAUACUGAACUAGAUGCAGUAUUAUUGAUUGGAACAACCGAGUUGUUGCUUCCACAUGAUAAUUUUCAAACCAUCAGUGUCUUGUUACAACAACUAGGUAGUCAUUAUGCAAAUCAUAAUGAUUUAUACAAUUUGACACCUGAUAAUUUAAAAAUUAAUUAUGACUUAGAGGUAUUCAAAUCUGAUCUUCCAAGAUACUGCGCUCUUUAUAAAAACAUAAUUUUUGAUAAUGAUUUAAAAGGGACACUAGUAUCUCAAAUCAAAUUGAACUGCCAACAUCUUCCACCAAUCAGUGAAUCUAUCAAUGUUCUACAACGAUUUUUACAAGAUGAUUUUCUAAAAUUAAUAAAAGACAUCAACAAUUCAUCGGCAUUAACAACGACACAGCCACUAACAACCUGUGUUAAAUCUGUAAAUAAUCAAUGCUUCAGUAAAUCUUGUGGAAAUUUUUGUAUAUUGCCGGAUGAAAUGAUACUAAAAAUAUUAAGUAAUUUAGACUUGAAGUCACUAUCACGAAUUAGUAGAGUCAAUAAAUACUUCAACAUGAUUGCACAAGAUACUCUACUGUACACUAGUCUCAACUUGAAGCCUUAUUGGUAUUGUUUCAAUACAAGAACUCUGGAAUUGUUUAUCCCCAAGUGUCAACUUUUACGAAGACUUGAUUUAUCUUGGUGUGGAAAUGAUAAUUUUCUACAAUCACAAAAUAUUGCUAAUUUUUUUACUCUAUGUGGGCAUCAUUUGACACAUCUACGAUUAAACUGUUGUCAGUUUGUUAAUGAUUCUGUGAUAGAAACAAUAUCAACUACUUGUGAAUAUUUAAAAGAAUUAUGUUUGCGUCACUGUACAGCAAUAACAAAUGAUGGAUUCUAUUACUUAAGUAAAUUAAACAAUCUUGAACGAUUAGAAUUAUAUAGAACUUUGAUAGAAACUUCAAAUUUAUGUUUAAUAUUAAGAAACAAUCCUCGUAUGAGACAUUUGAAUUUAGCAGGGCUGACUGAUUAUUUAAAUAUGGAUGUGGUGGUAGAAGAAAUUACUUGCUCUUGUCCAUAUGUAGAAAGUAUUGAUUUCUGGAAAAUUCGUACCCUGACUUCGGCUGGAAUCCGAACACUUUCUUCCUGUGUCAACUUACGUGAAGUUGAUUUCGGUUGGUGCACUGGAAUCACCGCCAUUGGAGAUGCUUUAAGAAUAUUUUUUGCUACUUGUCGUCAUUUAGAAAAGGUUUUUCUUACAGCUCUUAGGAAUUUAAGUGAUCGUGAUAUAGAACCAUUACUUUUGUGUCAUCAAUUACAACAAUUAGAUUUACUUGGAGCACGAUAUCUUACUCCGGAAAUCUGUAUCCGUUUUUUAUUGUGUUGUCCUAAAUUAAAAUUAAUAGAUCUUAGCUUUUGUGAUUCCAUAAGUGAUACUAAAAUAGAAGAAUGGCGAGAAUUAUAUCCACACGUAUCGAUAAAACGAAGUUUUAGACUAACCGAUUUUCAUGUUGGAGAUAAUAUGUAAAUGAAUGUAAAUAUAGUUAAGUUAAAUUAACUAAAAUAUAAUCAUUAAAGACAUUAUUUUAUUAAAUAUAAACAUUGUUAAAAAAAAA